AUGUCAGCCAAUAGUGAAGAGGUUUGCAAAACAUUAACCAAAAAGUGCCUGGAGGAGUUUAUCAAGGAAAAAAAAUCAGAUCAGAGGGCUCAGGCAUUUUUUGUAGAAGAUUAUGUUCACGAUCUUUUCGUCACAUUUCAAGAAGCUGAAUGUUGUGUAUUGAAAGGAAAAUGUUUUCGAUCGAUGUCUAAGUCGGAGAAGCCACACGAAAUGAAAAUUAUCUUGGAAUUUAGCGAUUCAGGAUCGAGCAUUGUCUUUAGAAGAUGUUCUUGCAAAGCCGGACAAGGACAUUGUCAUCAUCUCUCGGCUUUAGCCUACGCAGUGGUAAGUUCUUUGAAAGAGAGUGAUGUUGCUUCUGCUUGUACUUCAAAGCCCCAGCAAUGGCAUGUUCCAAGAGGUGCUAAAAUAAACCCGCAACCCUGGAUGCAGCUAAAUUUUUCGAAACCAUCGGUGGGAAAGGAGACAAGAAGAGAUGCAUCGCUCUGCCUUUACGAUCCAACUUCUCCAAAGAGAAAGGAGCCAGAGUGUAGGAAAGAAAUGUUUAAAGAGUUUCAAGAUAAAUUUAAAAAGGCAUGCCCUGCUGCACCAGUUAUCCAUGUAAAAAACGACAGCUCAACCUCUGUUAAAACAAAUUUCGGUGAACACCAAAAGGGUAGUCCUCUUAGUUAUCACUUACCUUCAAUUGAUAGUAUUGGAGCUGAUCAAACAAACAUCUACAGUGAGUUACCAAUUCAACUCCCUGUGCUCAGUGAUGGCUGGAGUGAAUAUGUACAUGGAUUUCAAAAUAUAGAUCUUACUUUCAUUACCUUGUCACUAGAAGAUGCAUCAAAACUUGAAUCUGGCACGAGAGAGCAGUCUGGAAGCGCAAAGUGGAAAUUAGAGAGAGCCAAGCGCAUCACGGCAUCUCAGUUUGGUCAGGUUUUCAAAAGAAAGGCGGCUGUCACAGAAAAGUUUCUGAAGGAACUUUUUGAAGGAAAAACAAUCCAAACACCAGCUAUGAAAUAUGGUUUGACUAACGAGAUUAGGGCUGCAAAAGCAUAUCUUGACUCUGGAAAUAAUACAAAACUCUACAAGAGUGGACUGGUGGUUAACCCAGCAUUCUGUUGGUUGGGGGCCUCCCCAGAUGGUGUUGUCUAUGACCCUUCUAUGGAAGAAAAUCCCUUUGGGCUGUUUGAAGCAAAAUGUCCAUUUUGUGGUGCGGGUAAGAAAAUUGUUGACGUUAUUAAAGAAAAUAAGCAAUUUUACUUAAAACAAACAGACCAUGGCAUUAAAUUAAAAGAAAAUCACAACUACUAUUAUCAAGUCCAAGGCCUCAUGGGGGUGACUGGGAUGAAAUGGUGCGACUUUUGUGUUUGGACUGGUGUAGAUUUCUUUCAACAAAGAAUUCUGUUUGAUGAAACUUUGUGGAAUGAUGUGCUAUCCAAAUUAACCAAUUUCUAUUUUGAAAAUUUUUACGAGUUUCUUACAAGAAGAGGGUGCUGA